AUGGAGCCCAUCGUCAAUGUCCUGCUAGCCACCUUCCCCGGCCUGUCGCUUCCUCAGACGCUCUGUCUUCGCUUGCCAGCUUCCUCGACGACCGCAGAUUUACUAGACGCUAUAUCAGAGCUGUUACCGUCUAAUUUCCCAGACACCACGCGGCUGACCGUGACCUCAACCCCGAAUAAAUGUGUACUUCCUUCGUCUGCGAUCACGGUUGGAGAAUUGACCUCCUCUUCAUCGUGCCGCCAGAAUGUCUGCAGCAGCUCUCUACUCCCUCUCCGGCUGUCUGCGCCCCUGGUGGGCGGGAAAGGUGGGUUUGGCUCCCAGCUCAGAGCCGCUGGUGGCCGGAUGUCAGCCCGCAAGAAAAAGCAGAAUGCCGAGCUAGCGUCAGGGAGUGCUCGCAAUCUUGACGGGAGAAGGCUGCGGACAAUAAGAGAGGCCAAAAAUCUUGCAGCAUACUUGGCUACGAAGCCGGAAAUGGAACGAAAAGAGAAGGAAGAACGACGCAAGAGAUGGGAGCAGGUCAUCGAACUCGCUGAACAAAGGGAAGCCGACAUGCGAGCAGGUAAGGGUCCGGACGGGCGGCGCAAAGGACUCAGUGAUGAGUGGAUAGAGACCAAGGAGGAGGUGGGAGAGAAUGUGCGAAAUGCCGUGAAGAUGGCUCUGUUGGCAAGUGCAGAGAAAGAAGACUCCAAGGGGUCCAUGGCACAAGAAGGAGAUAGCAGUGGCAGCGGUGGCUCUGGCGCUGCCAGUGACGAAGAUAGCGACGAGGAAGAUGUGAUGGAGCUGGACCCAGACGACAUGUCCCGGCUGAGAUCAGAAGCUGAAGCUGGAGAUGUCGACGCCAUCUGGGUUUUGCAGAACCGACUCAAGAUCCCCUCGCAUCUCUUGCCAAAGCCCAAGCAACCAGUGCGGCGGUUUGUAGGGUUUGACGACGAAGAUGACACUACGGACAGUGACGACGGCGACGACGACGAGAAAGAGGGAGACGUUGUCGAAGGAAAAGGCAAGCAGAAGGUUGCCAGCACUCUAUAG